AUGUCUGUUGUCUUCACUCUUGCUACGACUCCACACUGGUGUAAAGUACAAGAGACAGCAGCUAUAGUUGAUGAAUGUGAGUACAUGAACAUUAGUACCAGCUGUCACGAUUUAUUAAAAAACAUAACAAUUCCUAAGAAGAGAACUGACAACACAUGUGGGUCUGAUUGGACGUUCAGUAGCUGCUCACGAUACGACAUAAACACAACUACGAUCUUAGAAUUGCUCACAUCUGAAGUGCCUGAUACGAACCGGAGUAUUGACAUUAUAAAGUGUAAUCACGGAUGGGAAUAUGAUAGAUCACAAUAUACAUCAACAGUUAUACAAGAGUUUAAUCUUGUUUGCGAUCGUGAUUUCAUGGGGCCAUUAGAGAUGUCAAUUUCCCAACUAGGAAUGCUAUUAGGAUAUAUGUUUACUGGCUUACUGUCAGACAGUAAAGGACGUUUGUUUGUUAUCACAAUUGCCAGCAUUAUGCUCGCAGUAUUUGGUUCAUUGCAAGUUGUUGCGACAAACUUCCCAUUGCAUGCAGUGUUACGCUUGCUUACUGGUGCUGUGUUACCGUGUAUAUAUGGGCAAGGUUUGGUAUACAUUACAGAACUGGUAGGCCCAUCGAAACGUGCUUUCGCGUCAAUGACUUUCAACGUUUGCUAUGCUGCAGGAUAUACUGUACUCGCAUUGCUUGCCUAUAUCAUACGUGAUUGGAAGAUCUUACAAUUGACUAUAAGUGCACCUGCUAUUAUUAGCAUAAUAUACUGGUGGAUUCUUCCAGAGUCUCCAAGAUGGCUUUUGUCAGUUGGGAAGACGGAGAGGGCAAAGCGAAUAAUAAAGAAAAUAGCAAAGAUGAAUGGCGUCGUUCUGAGUGAAGGUGAAAUGGAUUUUGAUAGGGAUACUCUGACGGAUGCGAAAGGGUGCAAUAGCAUAUCGCCAAUUACAAAACCAAGUUUUCCUGGAAAUGUUAUCGAUAUAAUGUGUCUACAGAAUAUGAGAAAAAUCUCUUUGAUAUUAUAUCUAAAUGGUAUUGCGAUAUCCAUGGCAUAUUAUGGGUUGUCGUAUAACACUACAAAUCUUGGAGGAAAUGAUUAUAUCAAUACAGCCAUAGCUGGAGCUGUUGAAAUCCCAGCAUACUUUGCGUCUAUGUUUUUAAUUGAGACUCGUCUUGGUAGAAAGUUGACAUAUUGUAUAUUCUGCAUGUUUGCUGGCAUGGCUUCCAUAUGUUCAGCCUUUAUUCCAAAAUGUGGAACUUUUCUAUGGAUAAGUACAGCGGUGACCAUGACUGGGAAGUUUGCAAUAACGAUAGCUUAUUCUUUGGUAUACUUAUACGCUGCCGAAUUGUUUCCUACCACAUCAAGGUCGCUUGGCGUUUCCUUGACCGGUGUAUUUGGCAUGACUGGCAGUAUUCUAUCGCCAGUCAUUCUACAGAUGCGGAAAACAUGGAAUCCUUUGCCACCGUUGGUGUUUGGUAUAUUCACAAUUGUAGCCGGGGUAUUGGUGCUUCUGUUGCCUGAAACCAGGGGCAGAAAACUCCCUGAAACGAUGAAAGAAACAGAAGCAAAUGGAAAAUAA